AGCGGGCUGUGCUGGUGUGGCAAUAGAAUGGAGGCACUGGCGGCCGCGCUUCCUGGGCACCGCGGGGGUUCUAUAAAGAGGCGGCUGACCGGUGUCCCAGGCUGCUGAGCUUUCGACGCGUGGACGUCGCGGCGGCCGCAGGGCCAUGCUGGCCUGGCGCGUGGCUCGCGGCGCGUGGGGGGCCGUUCGCGUGGCCUCCUGGACCCCGGGGGUGCGGCUGGGCAAGGGCAGCUCCCGCAGGGCCCUGCUGCCGCCUGCUGCCUGCUGCCUGGGCUGCGUGGCUGAGCGCUGGCGACUGCGCCCCGCCGCGCUCGCGGUGCGACUGCCCGGCCCGCGGAACCACUGCUCGGGUGCGGGAAAGGCGGCCCCCGGGCCUGUGACCGGAGGAGGCGCUGCCGCGGAAGCCCCGGGCGCCCGGUGGGUCCCUUCGAGCGCCACCAGCCUGUAUGAAAAUCCAUGGACAAUCCCAAAUAUGUUAUCAAUGACAAGAAUUGGCCUAGCCCCAGUUUUGGGCUAUUUGAUUCUUGAAGAAGAUUUUAAUGUUGCACUAGGAGUUUUUGCAUUAGCUGGGUUAACAGAUUUGUUGGAUGGAUUUAUUGCUCGAAACUGGGCCAAUCAAAAGUCAGCUUUGGGAAGUGCUCUUGAUCCACUUGCUGAUAAAAUACUUAUCAGUAUCUUAUAUGUUAGCUUGACCUAUGCAGAUCUUAUUCCAGUUCCACUUACUUAUAUGAUAAUUUCAAGAGAUGUAAUGUUAAUUGCUGCGGUUUUUUAUGUCAGAUACCGAACUCUUCCAACACCGCGAACGCUCUCUAAGUAUUUCAAUCCUUGUUAUGCUACUGCUAGGUUAAAACCGACACUCAUCAGCAAGGUAAAUACAGCGGUCCAGCUCAUCUUGGUGGCAGCUUCUUUGGCAGCUCCAGUUUUCAAUUAUGCUGACAGCAUUUAUCUUCAGAUACUGUGGUGUUUUACAGCGUUAACCACAGCUGCAUCAGCAUACAGUUACUAUCAUUAUGGUCGGAAAACUGUUCAGGUGAUAAACGGCAAGUGAGCCAACCCACCUCUUGUCAACAAGGAAGCAACACACACCAUCGCCAGCAGCGUCAGCAGAAAGCGACAGGAGUUUUCUCUGUUUGGUGUCGGCUUGCAAAAGGACUUGUCAGACAGACCAUGUCUUCAAAACUGAAGUGAUGUACGUUGGAAAAAUAAGCUUGAUCAUGGGCCUAUGCAGAUUCCCAAUGUAUUUUAAAUACAAAUAAAACUAUAACGUAGAAUUUUUUAAUUGUAGGUUUCUUGAUUAAUUUAUGAGAUGAAUUAUUCAAGUUACUGUCUUUUCAUGUUUUUAAAAAGCAGUUCAUAAUGUGGAAACAAGGGAAAGCAGUAGGGAGUUUCCUGGAAUUUAAUAUGUAACUUCCACAGUGUGACUAUACAUUUUUAUGUUUGAUUUUUAAAUCUAUUUGCACACUAAUAGUUCAUGAGGUUAAUAUGUGAUCAUUUAAAAUCACAUUGACUAUGGAUGGAGUAAAGUUGUAAAGAGAUUAAAAUGCAGUAAGCCUUGAGACUAAAAAAAGAAGAUCAAAAUAGAAGGUAUUGAAGUUCAUCAGUAGUCUUCCAACCUCUCAGGUAUGUAUCA